AUGUUGCUCCUGACUUUAAUCACGCUGCUAUCUCUUGCCCUCGCAAAGGCGAGCAAUGAUCUCCCUUUGCUGAAGCUACCGUAUGGGACAUGGCGAGCCGCCAAGUACGACGAUGUGGCCAAGGUCUACGUGUUUAAGAAUGUUCGCUACGGUGCAUCACCCACGGGCAGUCGCCGUUUUGCCAGCCCGGAACCACCGGAGCCGGUAUUGGGCAUUCAAAAUGGAUCCAUUGGCGCGGCUUGCAUGCAGUUUCACACCUCAGGUAAUGAUAAGGGUGCACCCCUGGUCAAACGCGGGCAAUCCUCCCAAGUAGACGUGAACCAAGUUAUCCAAGAAUCGCAAAGCCGCAAGGUAUAUUCUGAAGACUGCCUCUUCCUGGACCUCUACGUUCCAGAGGAAGCGCUCAAAGCCGAGAAGAAGCAGAAGCUGCCCGUGGUGGUAUUCGUUCAUGGUGGCGCAUACACUUCCGGCUCGAAGGACGUGCUGGACGUUAUUGGCCUGUACGACGGGACUGGUCUCGUCCAUCAAUCCAAGGGCCGGAUGAUCGUAGCCACAAUCAACUACAGACUCGGUGUCUUUGGCUGGCUGGGCGGCACCAGCGCCGAGCGAGCUGGCGCCACCAACCUUGGCUUGCUGGAUCAACGUCUAGCCUUCGAAUGGGUGCAAAGGUACAUCCACCUCGUCGGUGGAGACCGCCAGCAAGUCUCGGCCUGGGGAGAGUCUGCCGGGGGAGGGUCCCUCAUGCAUCACCUUGUGCUCAAGGGCGGGACUGUAGCGCCCCUGUUCAAACGCGCUCAGAUCUACAGUGCUGGCCUAGCAUACAGCUUUGACAGGAAGGGCAAGCUGGAGGGGAUGUUUCAGAAGGUUUCCGCACUGGCAGGCUGUCUAGGCGGAGACUUCUCUUGCCUCCGUACUGUGAGCCCGCAAGAUCUUGUCCGCGCGCAGGUUCUGGUGACGGGAUUGUCAUUCACAAUUCAACGGCCGCAGUUUGGCCCGGUUCCGGAUGGGAACUUGAUCCGCCAGGUAGCGUCUCUGGAGCUGGCUCAAGGCCACUACUGGAAACAUCUCGACUCGCUGAUAGUCAAUCACGCUGCAGACGAUGCUGGCCUCUUUGUCGACAAGUCGAUCAACACAGAUGCUGGAUUUGUCAAGUUGCUUCUAGGUGCUUACGGCCGCCUAGACGCCGUCGCCUCGAUAGCUGCAAGGUAUCCGGCCAAGGACUACUCAUCUCCAGUUGCUCGCCAGGCCGAGCUUCUCAAGGAUGCAGUAUUUGCUUGCAACUACCGCUGGAUCACGGAUGCGUUUCCCGGCAAGUCCUUCAACAUGCAGUUUUCGGGAGGCAGCAGCGGCUCACAUGGCCAGGUGCUGCCCGCCGUCUUUUAUAACCCAACCUUGACCAUCAAGGCCAACGGAACGACCUUCCCCGUCAGCGACUACUUCGGCAACCGGGACGUCUUCAACUCCUUCCAGAGCUAUGCCGUGAGCCAUGCCAUAUACGGAUCUCCCAACACUGCCAGAAAUCUGUCCGGCACUAUCCUCUGGCCCAAGGUUUCGGGUGUCCAGUCGGAGAUACUGGGCAAUGUCCUCAAUAUGACGAAUGGUGGAUUCCAGCUCAUCUCUGAAAAGCAGGGGCUCAAGUCUACUUGUGACUUUUGGCUUUCGAUCCACUCAAAUCUGACGCGAGAGGCUGCAUCUUAG